AUGUUCUCCGGUCCGACCCAGUACCUCUCCAUCCACCUCCCGAGCCCGGCGACGGUCAGCUUCACCGUUUCCACGCGACAACCGCCUCGAGCGUGGUCGACCAACAACAGAGCCAGCUCACACUCGUGGUUCUGUCACCUCCGCCGUGUCCCCAUCUUCACCCUGACCAAGUACGCGUUGCGGGUGCUGCUCGUCUUGUACACUGUCGUCGUCAACCUCGCUAAAGCCCAGAGCGACACGCAGUCCCCACGACUCGACGCGUAUGCAGACCUCGGGCUUAAACUUAGCCUGGUGGGCGGGACCAUCAGAGCUGUGGCCGAGCGCGCGGAAUGGUGGGUGCUGGCGCCCGUGAGCUUGGGUAUUGUCUAUGCGUGCCUCAGGAGGGAUUAUGUUGAAGAGUCCCUCUUAGUACUCCAGGGCCUGGGGAUCCAGACAUCCACGUCGUCGCCCUACUUCUUCACCGGCCCGACCACGACAUUCAUUCCCACUACGCAGAUCCAGGACAUCGUCAUACACGAAGCCUUUAAGGGGCUUGAAGUCCGAUUCUAUCUGGCUGUGAUAGUCGAAGGAGCUACCGAGGUGGUGGUUGUCUUCCCUACUCUGCUCCCUCGACGGGAAAUUCUCGAGGAAGUCUGGCGAGGCGGUCGGAAAUGCUUGUAUUCCGGCAUCCGCUGA